UCGUUAUUGAAGAACAGGCACACGUUGGCCGUUCCAGAAAUAGCAACAAACUAUACCUUGCGCUUGGCUAAACUUAGCUCCAUGAAUAACUAUCCACAUUUCCAUUCUGCAUGGCAAAGGCGCAUCCAUCGAUUGCUCUGCGACGCGCUCGCACAGACAGCGCGCUCCAGCUCUUCUUCCAUGGCCACCCCCAGCCCACAACUACGUCGCUGUCGGCAAGCGGGGACCAUGCCGCGCAGGUCACCCCUGUCGAUCCCCACUACGUGUCGCUAAGCGACAUCCAACUCGCCGACUCCACAGAGAGUUCCAGCAACCACACGGGCGACGCAGAGUUGCGUGCCAUGUUGGCGCAAUGCGUGGCCGCGGUAUCGUCGCCGCCGCCACCUCCAUGCGCGCUGGCCGCCAUCCUCUUUGAAACGUCCGUGCACCACCUCGUGGAGAUGCACUUCCGAGUCAGCGCCAUCCACGCAUGUGAGGCGUACGUGGCGGCCCGACGAGCUCUCGUGCAGACGUUUGUGGGGCAACUGGACUGCGGCAUUGAUGCAGGAGAUGGCGCUGCGUCGUCCAAGUUGUACACCCAAGUGCACAUGCUCACGACAGUGUACAAGAACGACGUCCAAGUGCUGCGUCGGUCCAUCGCCCGCUUCGAAGACGCGAGUCGUGAGGCGUUGAAACGGCGGGGCCACCACCUCCACACAUCCACAACGUCCACGGCAGGUCCUUCAGGUUUGUCUUCGCCUCGGUCGACGGCUUCGAUGGACAAGGACGACCUGGAGCUGCAGUUCGUGGCCGCGCGCGCCCAAGUGGACCACGACGUGCUGGACGUGUUGGACUUCCACGACCAAGUCGAUGCCAACAAUGCAGUGGCGGCGGUGCAGCUAGCCACCACUCGCGUGUGCGAACUCGAGUACGCGGUGGGCCACGUCCGGCUGUUGCAAUCGUUUUUCGAUGCCAAAGCCAGCCGGCGCGAGGAGCUCGAGCUCGAACGCCGCAGUCGGCUUGUCGUGCUCAAGAACCCCCACUCUGAGCUCCGCCACUACCUCCCUCAGCUCCACGCCGACUUGGACGAGUUGUUGACCCAGUUCACCGCCGGCCAAGCGCGCCUAGCCGCUGCCAUCGCCGACGAGGCCAAACACCAAGAAGACACGCUGCUGCGGGCCAUGUGCUGUGUCCGCGACAGCGACGCAUCGUCGACGGUGCUUCUCCAUCCCACGCUGCACUCCGGUCGCAUCCACGACGGUCUCUGGGCCAAGCUGAGUGCCGUCGAGCGCCUCGUGGCCAUCGAAACGCGCCUGCCGCCGACGCUGCAUCAGUGGCUGGCACUAGGUCACGCCCAAGCUCAUUUGCCGUCAAAUGCCGACGCGGUGGGUGCGGCGGUGGCGGUGGCCGUCGCCAAAGAGUCGCAAGCACUUACGAGGCAGCAUGCAGAGCGGAUGCGGGCCCUGGAGGAGGCGCACGCGGUGGAGAUGGACACCCUUCGGAAGGAUCGCCGGCAGCGACAAGUCCGCGCCGUGUUGCGCAAGUGGACACAGUCGCUGGAGGGGGGUACGUCACCUCCGAUGCUCGAGCUCGAGGACGACGAGACCCCCAUCGAUCCCGAGGACGAGGUCGAGUUGAGCCACGAUCACCGCGCGGAACUGCUGGCAGUCGUCCGCCUCACGCGGAUGGUGGCGCGACGUCGGGCCAUAGCUGCCAAGCAGCGAGCGGCCGCGCACGUGGCGCACCUCACGACGCUGCAGCAAACGCACAAGCAGAUGCUGGCGACGUUGGCCGAAGAAUUGGACUGUGAGCAGUCGCUUGAACAUGCGCGGCUGAUGGACCGCGUCCGGAAGCGGCGGGCAGUUCGAGGGAUUCCCCACCAACAUCACAAGUCGGGGGCCGCCUCCGGCGACGAGUCGAACGACGACGCCGCGGACGAAAAGAAGGUCGUGCUGGCUGAGCAAGAAGCCGUCCUGGCGCAAGUCGAGGCCGCCGCGGCCAAGAAGGCGACAGAUGCCACGGUGGCGGCCUUGGCGGCGGAAGCAGUCACGAUCGGGCUCUCGGACGGUGGCGGCAGCACCCCCGAAGUCCCAAGUGGACCGACCAGCCGACACUUGCCCACGGACGACGCGUUUGGGAUGUUGGUGAAACGGAUGGCAGAGACGGACGUGGCCCGCGUGCAGUGCUCAAUAUCGCAAGUCCACGCCAUCGAAAAGGUGCUGCUUCAAAUGCGUGCGCGAGUCAAGGACACCGCCAAGAGCACGGGAAGUGGCAACUCCAAGCAAGUUGUAGGAGGCAAGCGCAAAAAACCAGCAGUCGCGUUUCGCUGAAUGCUGCUACGCUUGUCUUAGCUGGUGGCUAGAAAUCGAGUUUGCACACGUAAUUAAUUGGAGUUGCAUCAAGGUUGUUCCAA